UAGGGGAGUCGACGAUUUGCAGCCAUCCAUUUUAUUUCUCGUUUCCAACCCGUUUGUGUAAUAAAUUCAUCAGACUUCCUAAGUUAUAAUAUACUAUCAAAAUAAAAAGAUUUAAAUAUGGCUAAUCUAUCACUGCGUUUGGCCACCAAAAUUGGAAGACAAUUAAACAACACCUUGCCACAGAUAAGUAAAUCUUCUUGGACUACAUCAAAACUUAUUAGCCGUUCAAUCCAUGUAACCUGCAGUGCAAGAGCUGCAGAAAUUUCUUCCAUAUUGGAAGAAAGAAUUUUGGGAGCACCUCCCAAGGCUGAUUUAGAAGAAACUGGUCGUGUAUUAAGUAUUGGUGAUGGUAUUGCCCGUGUUUAUGGUUUAAAAAAUGUACAAGCUGAAGAGAUGGUAGAAUUCUCUUCUGGACUGAAGGGAAUGGCUCUUAACUUGGAACCUGACAAUGUGGGUGUUGUAGUCUUUGGUAAUGAUAAAUUGAUCAAGGAAGGAGAUGUUGUAAAACGUACUGGUGCUAUUGUGGAUGUACCUGUUGGUGAAGACCUCUUAGGACGUGUAGUUGAUGCUUUAGGUAAUACCAUUGAUGGCAAAGGACCAUUAACCACCAAAACUAGGUAUCGUGUUGGUAUUAAAGCCCCUGGUAUUAUUCCUCGUGUGUCUGUACGAGAACCUAUGCAGACUGGCAUCAAAGCUGUAGAUUCACUUGUACCAAUUGGUCGUGGUCAGCGUGAAUUGAUUAUUGGAGACAGACAGACUGGUAAAACUGCUUUAGCUAUUGACACAAUUAUUAACCAGAAAAGAUUUAAUGAUGCUCAAGAUGAAAAAAAAAAAUUAUAUUGUAUCUAUGUUGCUAUUGGACAAAAAAGAUCAACAGUAGCUCAGAUUGUAAAACGAUUGACGGAUAGUGGAGCUAUCAACUACACAAUUAUUGUAUCAGCUACAGCUUCUGAUGCUGCUCCUCUUCAAUAUCUUGCCCCUUAUUCUGGAUGUGCUAUGGGAGAAUUCUUCAGAGAUAAUGGUAAACAUGCUCUUAUCAUCUAUGACGAUUUAUCCAAACAAGCUGUUGCUUACCGUCAAAUGUCUUUAUUGUUGAGACGUCCUCCUGGUCGUGAAGCUUACCCUGGUGAUGUGUUCUACCUUCACUCCCGUUUAUUAGAACGAGCUGCUAAAAUGAGUGAAACUUUAGGAGGUGGUUCUUUGACAGCUUUACCCGUUAUUGAAACACAAGCCGGUGAUGUGUCUGCUUACAUUCCUACCAACGUAAUUUCCAUCACUGAUGGACAAAUUUUCUUGGAAACUGAGUUGUUCUACAAAGGUGUUCGCCCUGCUAUUAAUGUUGGUUUAUCUGUAUCUCGUGUCGGUUCUGCUGCCCAAACUAAAGCCAUGAAACAGGUGGCUGGUUCAAUGAAAUUAGAAUUGGCUCAAUACCGUGAAGUAGCUGCUUUUGCCCAAUUUGGGUCUGACUUGGAUGCUGCUACUCAACAACUUUUAAACCGCGGUGUUCGUCUUACUGAAUUAUUGAAACAAGGACAAUAUGUACCCAUGGCUAUUGAAGAACAAGUAGCUGUAAUCUAUUGUGGUGUCCGUGGAUUCCUUGAUAAAAUGGAACCAUCAAAAAUUACUGCUUUUGAAAAAGAAUUUUUACAACACAUAAAGACCUCUGAAAGAUCACUUUUGGAUAGUAUUGCCAAGGAAGGUAAAAUCACUGAUGAGACAGAUGCUAAACUAAAAACUGUUGUAACCAACUUCUUAGCCUCAUUCAAUUCUUCUUAAGUAUUUACAUAAAUGUUCUACUUUGAACAAAGUUAGUUCUCAGAAAUGUUUUUAACUCUUUUUAUAAAAGAGUUAGUUAAGUCAAUCGUUCAGUUAUACCUCCAUAGCCAUUAAAUAAAAUUUAAUAUUACAUUACCUAUUUUAUAUAAGUUAUUUAAAAAAUUGAAAUUUUCUCAAUAUGUUGAU